CGGCGGCGGCGCGCGGCGGGCGCUUCACCUGCAGCCCGGGGCGGCCGCGGGACCGGCCGGCUCCGCUCCCUCCGCUCCCUCCGCUCCCUCCGCUCCUCCGCUCCGCUCCGCCGCCGCGGACAUGAGCGCCGGCCCGAGGCGACGCCUGCUGCUGCUGCUGCUCCUCCUGCCCGGCUGGGGCUCGGCGGCGGCACACAAUGGGGAUCUUACAGUUAGACCCACAUGCAAGCCUGGCUUCUCAGAACAAGACUACACAGCUUUCAUCUCCCAGAAUAUCAUGGAAGGGCAGAAGUUACUCAAAGUAAAAUUUAAUAACUGUGCCGGUAACAAGGGCGUGCGGUACGAAACCAACAGCCUGGACUUCAAGGUGAGGGCGGACGGGACCCUGUACGCCGCCCACCACCUGCAGCUGCCCUCCAAGCAGCUGAUCCUGGUGGUGACCGCCUGGGACCCCCAGAGUCUGGGCAGAUGGGAGGCCAUGGUCAGGUUUCUGGUGGCAGAGAAGUCCCAGCACAACGGACACAAGCCCAAAGGAAGGAAGGCACUGCCUGGAGAGCUGGUGCAGCAGCAGAGUGACACCCUGCUGCCGUGGCGGCAGCACCAGAGUGCCAACGGGCUGCGGCGGCAGAAGCGGGACUGGGUCAUCCCACCCAUCAACGUGCCAGAGAACUCCAGAGGGCCCUUCCCGCAGCAGCUGGUCCGGAUCCGUUCCGAUAAGGACAAGGAGAUCCAUAUCAGGUACAGCAUCACUGGAGUGGGAGCCGACCAGCCGCCCAUGGAGGUCUUCAACAUCGACCCUGUGUCUGGCAGGAUGUACGUGACACGCCCGAUGGACAGGGAGGAAAGAGCUUCCUACCAUCUCCGGGCUCAUGCGGUGGAUAUGAAUGGAAACAAGGUGGAGAAUCCCAUUGACCUUUACAUCUAUGUGAUUGAUAUGAAUGACAACAGGCCGGAGUUCAUCAACCAAGUCUAUAAUGGAUCUGUUGAUGAAGGCUCUAAACCAGGGACAUACGUGAUGACGGUGACGGCGAACGACGCGGACGACGGCACCACGGCCAACGGGAUGGUGAGGUACCGCAUCGUCACGCAGACCCCGCAGAGCCCCUCGCAGAACAUGUUCACCAUCAACAGCGAGACAGGGGACAUCGUCACCGUGGCCGCUGGGCUCGACAGGGAGAAAGUUCAGCAGUACAUAGUCAUUGUUCAAGCAACAGAUAUGGAAGGAAAUCUGAACUAUGGUCUCUCCAACACGGCCACAGCGAUCAUUACAGUGACAGAUGUCAAUGACAACCCCCCUGAAUUCACCACCAGCACUUAUUCAGGAGAAGUGCCUGAGAACAGAGUGGAGGUUGUGGUGGCAAACCUGACGGUGAUGGACCGGGACCAGCCCCACUCUCCCAACUGGAACGCCAUCUACCGCAUCAUCAGCGGGGACCCCUCGGGCCACUUCACCAUCCGCACCGACCCCGUCACCAACGAGGGCAUGGUCACCGUGGUGAAGGCAGUUGAUUACGAGAUGAACAGAGCUUUCAUGCUGACAGUGAUGGUAUCAAACCAAGCUCCCCUGGCCAGUGGCAUCCAGAUGUCCUUCCAGUCGACAGCAGGAGUCACCAUUUCGGUCACAGAUGUCAACGAAGCCCCGUAUUUCCCAACGAACCACAAGCUGAUCAGGCUGGAGGAAGGGGUGCCGACGGGCACGGUGCUGACCACGUUUUCGGCGGUGGAUCCCGAUCGCUUCAUGCAGCAGGCAGUAAGAUACUCCAAGCUGUCAGAUCCUGCAAACUGGCUGAACAUUAAUGCCACAAAUGGUCAGAUCACUACUGCUGCUGUCCUUGAUCGAGAGUCAGACUACAUUAAGAAUAAUGUCUACGAGGCCACAUUCUUGGCGGCUGACAACGGAAUUCCCCCUGCCAGCGGCACGGGCACUCUGCAGAUCUACCUGAUCGACAUCAACGACAACGCCCCGGAGCUGCUGCCCAAGGAGGCGCAGAUCUGUGAGAAGCCAAACCUCAAUGUCAUCAACAUCACGGCCGCGGACGCUGACAUCGAUCCAAACGUGGGGCCCUUCGUCUUCGAGCUGCCAAGUGUGCCAUCUGCAGUGAGGAAGAACUGGACCAUCACACGGCUCAAUGGGGACUAUGCCCAGCUCAGUUUGCGGAUCAUGUACCUGGAAGCAGGAGUGUACGAUGUGCCCAUCAUCGUGACAGACUCAGGAAACCCCCCCUUGUACAACACCUCUGUCAUCAAGGUGAAGGUGUGCCCGUGUGACGAGAACGGCGACUGCACCACCAUCGGGGCCGUGGCUGCUGCGGGGCUGGGCACGGGGGCCAUCAUUGCCAUCCUGAUCUGCAUCAUCAUCCUCCUGACCAUGGUUCUGCUCUUCGUGGUGUGGAUGAAGCGGCGGGAGAAGGAGCGCCACACCAAGCAGCUCCUCAUCGACCCCGAGGACGACGUCCGGGACAACAUCCUCAAGUACGACGAAGAGGGAGGUGGAGAGGAGGAUCAGGAUUACGAUUUAAGCCAGCUCCAGCAGCCAGAGACCAUGGAUCACGUGCUGAACAAGACACCAGGAGUCAGAAGGGUGGAUGAAAGACCUAUUGGUGCUGAACCACAGUAUCCUAUAAGACCAGUAAUCCCACAUCCAGGGGAUAUUGGUGAUUUUAUUAAUGAGGGCCUGCGUGCAGCAGACAACGACCCCACAGCCCCCCCCUACGACUCCCUGCUCGUCUUUGACUACGAGGGCAGCGGCUCCACCGCCGGCUCCGUCAGCUCCCUCAACUCCUCCAGCUCCGGGGACCAGGACUACGACUACCUGAACGACUGGGGGCCCAGGUUCAAGAAACUGGCGGACAUGUACGGGGGAGGAGAGGAAGAUUAAACUGACCUCAUCUUAUUACAAAAAAAAUGACAAAAAAGUUAAAAAAAAACAAAAAAAGGAGAAGAAGGAUAAAAAAAUAUAGGAAACAAAAAAAAAAAAAAACCACAAAAAACCAACAAACCCACAGACAACGUUAAUGAAAAGAGCCGAUGCAGGAGCAAGAACUGUACAGAUGUGGCAGCUUUUUUAAUUAAUAUCCCCUGCUGACUGUAUUGUUAUUUUUAGUGGUGAUAUAGGAGGUUUCUUUUUUUUUUCUUUCUUUUUUUCUGUUGUAUUUUUUUUCCUAGAAUAUCGAGCUGUCUCGCAUGAACACUUGUCUCUGCUGCAGGUUUCUUUUUGGGUAUUUUUUUUUGUUUUUUAUAAUGUCAGCUGGGAUAUUGCUCGUUUACCUGCUUUAUGACUAAAGAGAGUGAAAGGCACUCUGUCUUAACUUGAAUUUCUUAGAACAGAAGCACUGUUUUUAAAAUAUAUAUAUAUAUAUAUAUAUUUGAAAGUGCCUUUUGGUGCAUGUGUCAGAUUCCCUUCAAUCUCAGGAGUGAUGAAAACAAACAUACAACCAUCCUGGGCAGCACUCCCUGUGACCCUAAGCCAGUUCUAGCUGGGAAGGAGUUAACAAAAAGGAACUGUGGAGAUUGUUUCUUUUUUGCCUUUUUUUGUUUCGUUUUGUUUUGUUGUUUUUUUUUUAAGGGGGUGACUCAUUCUGGGGUGGAAGAAGAUGGGGGGUGGGGAGGGGGGGAGAUGUUUUGAGUCAAAAUCUUAACAGCCAUCUUUAAGCCUCAGCAGGUGGUGAACUAGUCAUCAUGUUGUAUAUAAUUCAGUGUUAUCAGAUGCAAAAUACCGACCAACGGGCUCUGCUGGCCCCUGGUCACACUCAAUGUAGCUGCAUAGAACUAUAGCAUUGAUAAAGCCUUUGGUUAUUGCAACAGAAAUCUCCAACAGCCCUUGCCUAAACCCUACAAAGUAAAUGGUGACAUGACCAAAGGCCCAUCUCUUUGUUUUUCUGCUACCGCCGCGUUUUGGCUCCCACGACCUCGUGAGCGACGGACACGCCGGCGGGGUGAGGAGGUGGUGCUGGUGUCCCCCAUCCCUGAGGAUGCCCAGCCCCAGUGAGGAGGUGAUGCUGGUGUCCCCCAUCCAUGAGGAUGCCCAGCCCCAGUGAGGAGGUGGUUCUGGUGCUGGUGUCCACCAUCCAUGAGGAUGUCCAGCACCAGUGAGGAGGUGGUGCUGGUGCUGGUGUCCCCCAUCCCUGAAGAUGCCCAGCACUGGUGAGGAGGUGCUCCUGGUGUCCCCCAUCCCUGAGGAUGCCCAGCACUGGUGCUGCUCUCCCGGGCUGAGGCAGGGUUUGUGCGGCGCCGCUCGCGGCCGAGGCAGUGCCAAGGACAGGGACAGGUUACCCACAGUUUUCCCAUCCCUAAGUAUGGAGUUAGUCUAGUACCACAUUAAUGCCUUGGAGCAUUAGUAGCCAAAGCUCAACAACAUCGUGUAACUCAGCUAAUGUGUGUCCUUUCUAUUCGAUGGGUAGGCGCUGCUAUCUGUUGUAAAUGUGUUUUUUUGGAGAAGAAGUGCAACGAGGGCCUGUUCAGUAUCUUGUGGUUAAUAUGCUCAAGCAUUGCCAAGUAAGCAAGAGGUUUUGCAGCAUCCAGGCAUAAUUCAACAUCAGUAUUAUAAAUGGUAGCAAACUACCUAGUUUAUAUGUAGGGUCAGUUUAACCAAUAACAAAUAGUUAUUAGCUUUUUUUAUUACAUUUUUCCUUUACUGAUUUGGACUAGUGGGUUUAUGUCUAAUGUUUGUAAAAUGAUUUAGACUGCAUGGAUGUGUAAUAUAAACCACAUUUAAUGGAUUAUGAGCCACUUAAUUAAUGUGCUAUGAAAUCUUGGAUUACCUGUGUUUUAUAUUCUGCAGACGAUUUUGCAGUGGGUUCGCUAAAACUUGUAAAAGUGCUUAGAUAUAUUUUCCUUUAAAUCCAAGAAUGUGCACAGUAUUGGAAGGUGAUUGUCCAGGGGAUAAUCACGCUCUUUUUGAUAUCUCUAUUGAUUCUCAAGUUGAAUGCUAAAAGUUAAAGGGGGGGAUGCGGGGGGAGCGAGCGCGUGCACACGAGAGCGAGAAUGAGAGGACGAGAGCUUGGGGUGAUGAGUGGGCACCUUUCAGAGGGUAAACUGGGCUGCAAGAUCGUCUCUAUAGAUUUUUGAAAUGCUCCUACUGCAUUUUAUAUUUCAUUGUAUCAUAUUUUCUAUAAAAUGCAAUUUCUGUAAAUUAAUGAGCAUUUGAAAUGUGUCUUGUAUGAAGUGGAAUAUGGUAAAAGUCUGCCCGAGGGGACUUCAGCAUUACCAGGAUGUUAUUAACUACCAAGGGUGAGAUCUUUCUUUUUGUCUCGGUCGGUCAGUCAAUGGGUCAGUUUGUCUUUCAUGGCUCAGAGAGCAAAUUCACUCUCACCCAAGGUUCUUGAGGAGACCGGGAGGCAAUAGUGUGGACCUCAGAGGAGAGGGAUGGCACUAAUGGCAGCAGCAAGGUGAGGAUGUCACACCACAGGCAUGGGCCGGCAGCACCUGACACUUUUCCAGAUUCCCAUUCCAUCGUUGUGAACUCAGUCAUCUUGUGUGGCCACCAUGAAAGUCUUGGUUUGCUUCUGCCAUGUGCCAUCCCCCUCCUCUUGACCACUCUUGGCAGACCUCACAGCCCCCUGCUCCCAGCCACCUGGCACAGAGCCUGCAUGGCCCUGCAGCCUCUCUUCCUUACCAUGGCACUCUUGAUUCUUCCCUGAUUCUUUUGGAAAAGCCACGGGAUGGAAUAUUUCACCACCAGGGCUUUGCACCUCUGCAGAAGCUGCCUGGGCACAGGCAGAGUGAUUAAUAAAAACACACUUGGUGUUUCUUGCUGCUGGUGUCCGUCGCCGUAGCCUCGUCACUGACACGGGAGGAGGAUUCAGCUCGAGGGCCAGGUGAGGCCAAUGGUUCUCCAUCCACGGGUCGGUGCCACUGCCUGCCAGCUCCGUGUGGCUCCUGGAAUGCUCCUGUGGAUCCUGCCAAGCCAGGUCUCUGCUGUGAGCUGUGCCUUGCCAUCCACCUGGCACUGCUCAAUCCCUGCUCCAGAGCGCUUGGUGCUUCACCUCUGCUGCAGUUUUGGCUGGGAUGAGGGAUUCCAGGUGGGGAGGGGCUGCAAGGGAUGUGGGACAGCAGCUCCAGGCCAUCAGCAGUGCACUCUUCCCAGCUGUGCAACAAGGAGCCACUUAGCCAUGCAGGGGAUGUUGUCUGACUUCAGCUUGUCUAAACAUUUCAUGUUUUCAAGAACAUUUAUGCAACCUAAGUCAAACAAAACUCUUCGAGUGAUUAAAAAUAAACCAACCUGUUUCCAUUGGCGACUUUUUUUAAAAUCAGCGGCUAUUUUUUCCUGCAGCAUUUGCAAUCCAGCCGUUCCAAUCCCACGAGCCUAUAAAUCAAACCAACCAGAUUAUUGUGUUUUGACCCAGUUCUGUUCAGUCUCCCUCUGCAGGACCUCUUCUUUCUUUUCCUCUUCCCCUUUCUCCUCCCUGUAUACUCCCUCUGUGAGGUGUACAGCCCCACAAGCAGCAGCAGCAGCAUCAGGCCACUUCUCUUGCAGUGGGAUCACUGGAAGGUAAGCGAGGGGCACAUCCAGCAGUGAAAACAGAACACUCUUUACAAACAUUUUUGCUUGCUAAUGUUUGUAACCCAGCUAAAAAAUUUUACAUUAAUCCAGGGCAUCCCAUUGACAAGGUGAAUUUGCCAUCACUCAGUCCCCCUCUGAUCCUCAUGGAUGUGACACAGUGACAACCAGUUGCAGCUGGAGGCAGCUUACAAGGAGCUGUGGAGAGGCAAAGAACCCUUUGGCUGAGCCUGCAGUUGCUGUUUAUUCUGAGAGGCAGCAGGAGGGGUUAAUGCAUUGAGAUCAGAGUCCUAAUUCCCUUACUAAUAUAAACUAAAACAAUAAACUAUUUAAAGAAGUGACCCCCACUCUUUGUACCCUACAUGUCAGUGGGGAAGGGUGUGCUCUCAGGCAGGUGGAGGGUGUCCCGUCCCUAAAACACCACUGUCCCACCCUGCUACCCCGUGGCACUGCCAGGGGACACCACCACAGCUCUCCCUGCUGUCUAAGGGAUGAGUUCCCAAGGCACUGGGGCUGGACACACGUGUGGCUUCCCUAAGGAUGAGGAUUGUACAUCCCCGAGCCAGGGACCGUGCAGGUGCAGUGUCACUGCUGUACCCACAGCCACCCCUGGCAGAGCAGGACCCACAGCCCUGCUGGUGUUUAUCGUGCACCCUAAAGCUGGGAGCAGCCUCAGUCUCAGAAAUGCCUUGCAAGGCAAGGAGGAGAUUCAGCAGGUAAUUAAUGACAGUAAAUAGGCAAGUCUGUUCCAGGUGUCCCACAUUCUAGUCAUGGUUUUGCCUCUGGUUUUGUGUUUUCCAUUUUUGCCCCUUUUUUGUUGGACCAGGUGAGGCUGCUGGCAGUAGUAGGAUGCUGAUGAGGAGUUUGCUCCCCAUGGGUUUUAAGGGAUAGUCAGGUCCAAAUCCAGCCUUCAGAAGUGGGGUUUCAGAGGUGGCUGUAACUGCUUCACAUAGGGUGGACGCUCGGGCAUUGAAGAGAGGCAAUGGUCAGUGCAGCGUCUGUACCACACAAUAUGCCAAGAUUGCAACUUUGUUUAAUCUAAAAAGAAAAUAUAUAUUAAAGGUAAAACACAGAACUUUUAUUUGUGAUGUCUUUUGGAGCUCUUUAUUUUAAGUGUGAAAAAAAAUAUACUGGGGGAUGGGGGAAAUGCUGUGUCACGAUGAAUGCAAGUGUUUAAAACAGCAGCCAGACAACGUAGGUGUCUCCCACGCAAAUUAACUCAGUUUCAUGGGGAAAAUAAAAGUUCUUUCCAGUCCACACCAACCCCACAUACAACUGCUCACACACAGUGUACAUAAUGUAGUUAGUGCUUGAAGCGACAAACCUAAUAGGGGAAAAAACAGCAACAACACCAACACGUAGAUGUAUAAUUGGAGCACUUUUUUUUUUUUUUUAAUUUUAAUGAUGAUUUUGCAUGUUUCCUUUCUGAUGGAGAAGCUGUGUAGCAGCCCGCAUGACUGUGGUUGUUCUCAAGGAAGACUCUGCUGUUCUGCUGUAUUCACGCAAAAGCAAAAGUUUGCGUCCGUUAACCCAGUUCAAAAACCUUUUUUUGUAACCGCCAACAGCACAAAUAUUUUGUAUUGUUGUUUGUACCAUUUUUGUACCAAAAACAAAAGAGGGAAAAAAAAAAAAAAAAAAGGGAAGAGAGUAAAUGUUUUCAAUGUGUUUUUAGUGCCACUGCAAUCUUGGUUUCCAAACUGAGUGACAGGUUUGCUGAUUUAUUGUGUAUCAAAGCUGAACUGGCGCACUGACGCCUGGCUCCAGUGUAAUAAAAAUAAAGUCCCCCUUUUGAAUAGUC